AACCUUGCACCAUUUAAAGAUUUGACAUAUGCUCCAAAGUAUUGUGUACAACUGAAGAAGAAAGCCGAGUCAAAAGAAGUAAAUAAAAAUAAGUGCAAGUUCAUUCCUGAGCACGUUUUCUUUGCUGACUUUGAGUGUAGCACAGACGGCUUUCAUAAAGCUUUUAACAUCUGUUAUGACAGUGAAGAUGGUUCAGUGAGUGAAAGCAUUUGGGGUCAGAACUGUGCAACAGAAUUUUUGGAACGACUUCCUGACAAGAGUUUAAUAUAUUUCCAUAACCUCAGUUAUGAUAUAAACUUCAUCUUAAGACACAUGACAGAAGUGAAAGGAACUCCCAUCAUUAAAGGUUCACGAACAAUGCAAAUAACUGGCUUAUAUAAAGGAAGGGCAAUUAUUAUAAAAGACUCUUACAGUGUUAUAAAUAAGAAGCUUAAACUAUUUCCUGCUAUGUUUAACUUACAAACAGGACCGAAAGAAGUAUUUCCAUACAACUACUACAGCAGUGUUUUGUUAGCAAAUGACAACAGAACUGGUGUCAUUUCUGAAGCAUGUAAGUUUGUAAAAGAUAUUGAUACAUUCAUGAAAAACAUAGAUUCCAUCAAAGGUUGCAGAAUAGAUGAAAACCACUUCGACUUAGAAAAGUAUAGCACAUUUUAUUGCAAACAAGAUGUAAGAAUUUUAAGAGAAGGUUUUGUUAAGUUCCGCAAUGACAUAUUGAAAGAAUUUGAUUUAAACGUUUAUGACUACGUUAGUAUUUGUUCAAUUGCUAACAAAUUAUUUGAGAACAGAGUGUACUUCCCGAAUGGAAAUUUAUAUGACCUCUCAAAUAAACCAAGAGAAUUUAUUUCACGCUGUAUUCAAGGUGGAAGAUGUAUGCUGUCAGAUAACAUGA